AAUGAAGUAAAAAAAAUACAUUAUUUGUUUUAAUUUUGAAGACUGCUGUAUGAACCGUUUCAUUUCCCCUUUGGAGAAAAAGAAGAAGAAAAAAAGCAUAAAUAAUAGGCGACUGCGCUGCGUCUUUGGGCUUUCUCUUCGGCUUUGGAUUUUGGGGUCCAAAAAUUGGUAACUCUGCUUUCGCUGAAAUAUUUAAAUUAUAGUUGAAGUCAUCGUGAAAACGAAGUUAUGGUGGGAUGCUCGUAGAUCUGCUUCUGGGCUUUUAUAAGACAUAAAGAAUCGUGAACUAGAAACUAGAAAACAAUCAACACAUAAUAUUUCUUAUUGUAAUUAGGGAACAAAUCAGGAGCAAGAUAAAGCUAAUUUCCUCCAACAAUUCAGCAGUGCUUUCCAGCACAUCAUUUUUAGAAGCAGAAAUAAUACACAUGUGAAAGACUUAAGUAGUCAAUAUGAACUGCAAAUGUAUCAGCCAAAGAAUGUUCCAGGUUCAAGUUUAGUUCAUAGCAACUCAUUAGUUCAUGGUCAACAUUUAGAUUGUGGUGCUAGCUCAAUGGACCCUGUAAGUGGAGGAAGCAGCCUCGCCAACAACCCUAAUCUUGCAUCAAAGCAACGAUUACGCUGGACACAUGAGCUUCAUGACCGUUUUGUUGAUGCUGUAGCUCAACUUGGUGGGCCAGAUAGAGCUACACCAAAAGGAGUUCUUAGGGUCAUGGGUGUGCAGGGUUUGACAAUAUACCAUGUCAAAAGUCAUUUACAGAAGUAUCGACUUGCUAAAUAUCUCCCUGAUUCUGCUUCUGAUGGUAAAAUGCCUGACAAAAAAGAAACUGGGGAUAUGCUUUCCAAUUUGGAUGGUUCAUCGGGUAUGCAAAUUACUGAAGCUCUUAAGUUGCAAAUGGAGGUGCAGAAGCGCUUGCAUGAACAAUUGGAGGUGCAGAGACAGCUACAGUUACGGAUAGAGGCUCAAGGAAAGUAUUUAAAGAAGAUUAUUGAAGAGCAGCGUCUUAGUGGAGUCCUUGGAGAUGCACCUGGCUCAGGAGCUUCAAUACCAGUGUUGGGUGAAAGUGGCCUGGAAUCUGACAAGAAGACCGACCCUGCAACUCCGGCCCCAACUUCAGAAUCCCCUUUGCAGGAUAAGGUUGCCAAAGGAGGAGCUUCUGUUAAGAGCCACUCUGUUGACGAGUCUUUCUCAUCUCAUCAUGAGCCUUCGACCCCAGAUUCUGGUUGCCAUGUGGGUUCCCCAGCAGGGAGUCCUAAGGGAGAGAGGUUGAAGAAGAAGCAACGGGUGAGCAUGACUGCAGAAUAUGCUAAAUCAGAGAUUGUACUUCCCCAUCAGAUACUGGAUUCGAGCUUAAAUGCCUCCUACCAACAAACACAGUCAGUUUUCAUGGGAGAUCAAUUUGAUCCUUCAUCUGGGAUAUCAAUGAGAAAUGACAAUCAAUCCGGGUAGGCUUCAGGAACGGAGCUGUAGUUUAUGUGCUACAUGGUAAAUGUUAUCAGUUUCAUUUUGGCCAUGUAUUGCCAGAUGAGAUUACUUAUUAGGUCAAAAAGGAAAACUUCUUUAUGUCUGUUGCAUGAGAUAAUUAGACGGAAGCAAAUCGGUCCCUUUGUCCUAAUAUAUCUAGCUUCCAUAUAGUGUACUGGAAUUAAUUAGAAUAGAAAUGAGAAUUCACAGUGAACAGUGGUGGAAAUUUGGCAGUGCCAUGUCUAUCAGUAUCUGAUACUGUGAUUGUUGUGUAUUCUUGGUUGAAGGCCUUAGGACUUUGCUGGCUUUAAUUGGUUAUUGUGAAUUACCACUAUUACUGUU